GCUCAGUAGUCAGUGCAACUGGGGAUAAGUGUGUAAGAAGGUGGUCGCAGCGAAUAGCAAUGGAAAUGGGGACCACAUAUUUCUUGUUGCUAAUGCUCAGCCUGUACGGAGCUGAUGCUGUUCUACACCCUCCUAGAAAUCUUCGUUUCACAUCUGUGAAUAGCGAAAACAUUUUGCAUUGGGAUCCGCCAGUGGAUUAUUCUCAAGCUGUUCGCUAUGAUGUGCAGUACUUUAGGUACGGUUGGAAUGUGACAUAUAUACCAGUGAACCAUUGCACAGGAAUUCCCCACCAUCACUGUGAUCUUACACAGGAGACCUGGGAUUUUAACAUGCAGAUUAUUGCCAGGAUUAGGAGCUUUAUUGGCAACAUAACCUCGGACUGGGAAAGGUCGGAUAUGUUUAAACCCCUGGAUUCCACCUCUUUUGGUUUGGCAUCCUUCGAUGUUCAAGCUGAACACGACAUAAUUAGAGUCAAUAUAUCUGCACCCACUUUGCAUUGGGGAGGAAGAACGCGAUCAAUGGAGGAGCUGUUUAACAACUCUUUGAUGUACAUCGUUCUUAUCCGUGUGAACAACACUGACAAGUCUGAAGAAUUUAGGAGCUCAGGAGAAUUGAACACAACUGUGGUGCAGCCAGGAGAAACCUACUGCAUCAGAGUGAAAGCAAUACUGACUAUGGACACAAGGGAUGGGAACUUCACAGAGGAGAAAUGUAUAACAAUCCAAAUCCUAGAUCCAGCAUUGAAGACUAUGCCCAAUAUCAUCUUUGGUGUCAUCAGUGCUGUCUUCAUACUGUUUACACUCUCCUUUUGCCUGGGAAUGUACUGCUGGCAUUAUUUAAAGAAGAAAACCACAUUCCCAACUGUACUGAAAUCUCUUGACAAGAACAAGAAAUCUCUGAGCAUUAUGGAUUACCUGAGUCUGAUAGAUGAUGUGGUUGUGCAGCAAAUGCCUGCUGACUGUACUCUCCUCAGCUCCUGUAAGAUUCAGGAGCAGGACGAUCUGUGGCCAGAACUGAAAAUCAAGGAAGCGUCUUCAGUGGACAGUGGGAUUGACAUUGGGGGUAACUCAUCGGAUCAGAUGACUGGAUUCUGUGAACCACUGAACCCCUACAUGCAGCAAACCCCUGAGACAAGUAGCCAGAGGAAUAUCGGUGCAAAGGACACUCAGGAUGACUCUCAGCCCAAAGAAUCAUGUUUAAUAAAUGUCCCUGAAGCAAUGGACAUACCUACUACUGGGACAAGAACCAUCAGUCCAUCAGGCUAUCAAAAACAAACACCUAAGACCGAUGCAGUCUCUGUGCAGGAUGAAUGCAAUGUUGAAACUCAGACCGUCCAGGACAUCGGUCUUUCCUUCAUUUCUACAUCAGACAUUGGCAUGACAGAAAGCUUUUCAAGACGAUUUCUUAGCUUAGAUGAUGUAUUGUUAAUGGACAAUGGACAAUAAGAAAGAGCUUUUCAGUUCAAAACUUCUUAACAGCUCUAUUUUGUAAAUUAUUUAUUUAUUAAAACAUUUUCAGUUUGAACUUAUUUUUUGAUCUUUCAGUGUGGUGGGAUAUGUUGAUAAAGUAAUUAGUGAAGCAUUAGGUGGUCUUGUACUUUAUAAGUAGAGGUGAGUUCAAAAACACUGAAAAGUGAUGCUACAAUUUUAUAAAGCUCUAGUUAGACUUAAUUAGUGUAUUAGGUCCAGUUCUGGUCACUACACUUCAGAAAAGAUGUGAGGGUCCUUGUAAGGGUGUGGAAAUUUACCAUAAUGGUUCAAAAGAUGACAGAAUCAAGCUACAAGGAUAGCUUGGAGAAGCUGGGAUUGUUCUGUUUGGACCAAAGGAGACUUCAGGGGAACUAAAACAAAGACCUGCAGUUGCUGGAGAUCUGAAACAAACAUAAACAGAAAUUGCAGGAGAAACACAUCAAAUCUGGUCGCAUCUGUGCAGAGAAAACAGAGUUAGUGUUUUGAGUCCUCUGAUCAUCUGAAAAAGAGUCACUAGCCUUAACGUUAACUCUGUUUUUUCUUCAUAGAUGCUGCCAGACUUGCUGAGUUUCCCCAGCAAUUUCCAAGAUUUGAGGGGAGACUUGAUGGUGGUGUACAAGAUUAUGCCAGGUUCAGAUGGUUAGGCAAAAAGAAAGUACCUGUUAGCUGACAGGACAAGGAUUAAGGGUCACAGAUUUGAGGACUGUACAUGAGAUACAAGGAAGAUGUGAGGAAGAAUGUUUUUACAAUGGAGUGGUGAUGACCCAAAACUCACUACCCAGGAGGAUGAUGGAUGUGAAGAUGAUCGAUAAUUUCUAAAAGAAGUUGUGUGGAGACUUGAGGAAAAUAAACUUCCAGGAUCUUGAUGUUUGAACAGGAGAAUAUUACUGACUAGAUUGUGCGACAGAGACCUGAACUGAGUGAUGGGCCAAAUGGCCACCUUCUGGGCUGUAAGUGAUCUUAUGGCUUUUCACCUCAUGGGUUUUGCCAUUAAGUUAGGAGUAAGUCUCUGUGCUUCAUAAAGAGGCAGGUUUUCACCAACUCUAGGAUUUAUCUGCCAGCAUUUUAUUUCGCAAAGCAACAUUUAUUGAAUCAAAAUCUCACUCAAUUGAGAUGGAGAAAGAUCCCAGUAUUUGAGAAAUCCGGGGCUGCAACCAACAACAAAUCAUUACAGAGGCAAAAUUGGCUGCAAACCUUAAAACCAACGAGACUUGGGGACUUUUUUUCUCAAUUCUAGAUUCUGUAUCUUCACUGUCUCUAAAACCUGUCUCCCUGUGAGAGAAAGAGUAAUUCUUGUGUUCAUGGUUUUGGCAUCAUGUCUGCACUUUUAUUCUCUAUUCACUCCAGUUACAGUGUUGCUGUUAGAACGGUAGUCCUUGUCCACUAACCUUAUUAUUUACACACUUUCACAUUCAGUCUCCUGCACGGGUUCAAAUGAGUUUACAUUUUAAUUUCACAAUGUACAUGAAAAUUGAUCAAAUCAACAAAUGAGACUUAGCCUCUUCACACCAUUGCAACAACUAAAGAAAAGGCAAUAUUCAUCACAGAAUUUCUUAUAAUUCAAUGGGUUCUUUUGUCUAAAUGCACAUAUCGAGGCAAAGCUGUUCAUGUCUGGAGA